AUGGAGAAUUUAGUGGUCAAGUAUAAAUCUUUGAGAGGUGAAGAAACCAAGAUUAGUGUUCCCUAUUCCAAAAUCCGACCUUCACCGUCUCCUGUUGGGUUAAGAACUUACCAGUUGAUGGAGAAAGUUGAGGCGCUUAACGAGUCUGGAUGGUGUGUCGAGGUUGUGGAUGACACAGAUGAGGAGAGUCCGCUUGCAGCUGAAGAACCAACCGCUUCAACCCGUAUAAGGGUGACUGUUCGACCUGCCUUGAGAGACAUUAAAGUUUCUGGUUCAGGGCAAAAUUUGAGGGCGACACGCUCUUCUAGUGUUGCUAUGCAGAAUCCUCCUCCUGCUUCCUCCAAUGGUGGAAAUGUUGCAGCGGCUGGUAAAAAAUCUGUCAUUGAGAGUGAAACACCGCUUGCCGAAACUGCAGCUAUGUGUUUGAGCAGUCAAAAAGAUGGACGCACCAGGAUACGUGUGCCCAUUUCAGAAAUCCGACCUUCACUAUCAUCACCUGUUGGUUUAACAACUUACAAGUUUAUGAAUAAAGUCGAGGCUCUUACCGAGUUUGGAUGGUGUGAAGGAUAUGUAACCGAACUUCUUUCCGGGAAUAGGUACGAAGUGCUGUCUGUUGGUUUAAGACGUGUUUUUAACUACUCAGAGUUAAGACCAUGCGUGGAGUGGAAAGAUGGAGCUUGGCAAACAGAAGAGUUUCUUCUAAGAGAGGCUGCAGCUGCCCAAGCUGCUGAAGCUGACAAAGCUUUAUCUGAAGAAUCAACAAGGUUGAAGGCUGAGAACACCAUUGCGUUAAACAUAUUGAUAAACGCGGUCUGUGAGCUGGGGAGAGAUAUUGAGAGAUUGAAGAAAAGAAGGAAGUGUACAGAAGAUAUUGAAGACGUUUCAGAGAAAGUGCAGAGAUUGUCCAAGGAAGAGGAACUUCAGAUGGUUAUUUGGGAGAUUUUUGGACCAGAAGAUACCUCGGAUGCAGUCCCAAACAGCGGUUCUUGA